GAUAAUUUAAUAUAUAAUAAGUUCUUAUCUUAACAUUGCAAUUCUUAACUUUACAUAACAUUAUCCCCUGCUAUACCCGAUAAUUUUGUGUAAGUUCUCAUGAUAAGAUAAAUUUUUAGUAUAAAUUCGAACUUUCUUUGUUAAAUCAAUCAGUUUCGUGUCUUAGCUGAAUACUUCAAUUCCUUAACAAAAUGUUCAAGUUCGUUGCAUUGGUUUUACUUUUGGCCAUCUCAAGCACUCAGGCUUACUGGUCUGGAUGCCCUGGAAUCUUAGGACCAACAACCCUUACAUCACCAGCCUGCUCAGGAUCAGCAUGUACAGUCGUCCAAGGAACAACCGCCGUAUUCUCAUCAACAAUCAACUUCACUCGUGCUCACUCUCAUUUGAUGACCAGAUUGACAGUCUUCAUUGCUGGAGUCGGUAUUGUUAUCCCACAAACACCACCUCAUGAUAAUGCCUGCAAUGCCUUGUUCCGUGACGGAGUUCAAGUUGGAUGCCCAACAAUCCCAAAUGUACCAACAAGAUACGACCUCACAUUGACAAUCACAACAGGAACACCAGUCACAUCCGGUGCUGAUGUCAGAUUUGAACUUUUGGAAAAUGGAGUCGUUGAAGUUUGCGCUAACAUUGUUGCCAACAUCGUUGCUGCAUAAAUGAUUAUCUAAAGAAAAAAAUAAUUAAACACCAAUAAAAUUUUAAAUUCAAAUCAAAUA